AACCAAUCCACCACCUCUACUCGCGUUCAGUGUGAUUUCUGUGGUUUACUUGGUCAUACCCAAGACAAAUGCCACAGAUACAUUGCUAGUCGCCAACAGGCAGUGGAGGGUGCUAAGAAUCGCUACAAGCGUGGCAAUAAGGCUCAGGCAGGCUCCAGCAACUCUCAGAAUACCUCUCAGCAGCCCAAAUCUUCGCCUAACAAUGCCAAUUCAUCUACUGUGGUCACUGAAUCAGCUGGGAAUGCAAGUCUUCGUUCUAUUCAUCCCUCUGAUCCUCAUUGCCCUCUCCAACUUGAUGCUGACAUUGAUUGGAAUGCAGACACAGGCGCCACUUCUCAUAUGACCACUUCACUAAAUGCUUAUGUUUUGGGGGUGACUGAAGUGCAUAUGACACCUCAUCGUCAUUGGAUGCACCACUAUACCCCAUAUCGUGUGCCAAUCAAGCUGGCUGAUCGCACUGUUGUCUAUUCAGCUGGUGUUGGUACUGUGGUGUUUAAUCCUGUGAUG